AUGUUCAAGAAUGCGGCUCGCCUGGCACGAUUGGACGGCUGGGAGCCGACGCCCGACAUCCUGCGCCACUCUGACCCAUCCCACGAAUGGCUCAACAAGGACAGGGCCCUCGAGGCCAUCAAGCGUCGGGAGAGAUGGGCCUCGGACCUCAGCGUCAGAAGGUACGAGAAGGGUUCGAGGGCGAUGCGCAGGCUGGCCACGCUGGAUCGCGGGCGCCAGUUGUUGCUAGCCGAGGCCGACGCCCACCUGGAAGGCGCCCCGCACGCCGGCCGCGCCGUGGCGUUCGACCAGAGGCGGCGAGAGUUGGGGCUCGCCUGA